GCACCUUCGACAUCGUCGGCAGCGCUGCCGCCACGGUCGCCGCCAUCGCGGACCCCGACGGCGCAGCCGCUACAGCGGCCAAGACGGCCUCUCCAGCGGCCAAGGCGGGUCCCAGGCAGCCGCCUGGGCCGCCACCAGCCCCCAAGCCGCCGCCGCCAGCCCCCAUCGGGGCCGCGCCCGACCACCGCUACAACAACGACGGGGAGCAGGCGCGGAGCGGGUGGAGCUCGAGAGUGAUGAGGAUGGCCGACCAUUGGGCGCAGAGCAACUGGCAAGCGAUCGAGCUGAUCAUCCAGGGCACGAAGCUCGGGGAGAUCGCGAGUGGCACGGGCUACUGGUACGAGCGCGCCGUGGAGGUCUUCGAGGCGUACGAGGCGGGAGACUGGAGCGCGUGCGAGGCGCUCUUGGAGGCGGCUCGCACCGAGUUCGACAGCAUCACGAAGACCAAGGGCCAGAGCAAGGGCAGGCACCCGAUUAG